UAUUAACGGCGUGCCCUCGGUCAUGAGAUACGUGGGAAGUUCCACUUCUGCUGCUGUGGUUCUCGGCUUGGUGGCUGGGCAGUCGUGGACAGCUAUGUCUUUCCGAGCAGGCGGAAGUGCGGUUGCCAGCGCUGCCUCUCGGCCCGCGCGCACGUCCGCGUUGGCCAUCGCUGCUGGCGAAUCUAGGGCGCCUGGCAGCGACAGCAGCAGGCGAGGUGUCGCCACCAAGUGCUCGGCAACUGCAGCCGCCGCAGUGGUGAUAGAGGGGCAGCGGGAGCUCUAUGGCCAGCUGUGCAAGAAGCUGAAGGAGGUAGAGCGGCUCGCCGGCAUCCAGGGACUGCUCUCGUGGGACGAGCAGGUGAUGAUGCCAGCUGGAGGCGCGGCGUCUAGGGCCAACCAGAAGACCGCCUUAGCGGCGGUCAUCCACGAGAAGAAAGUGGACGCCGGUCUGGGAGACCUCCUCCGCCAGCUCCAGGAAGAGCAGGAGGGAGAGGCGGCGAGCGAGCUUUCCGUCCACGAGGCGGCGGUGGUGCGCGACGCGGUCCGCGACUACAACCACGAGACGCGCAAGUCGGCGGAGCUGGCCGGUAGAGAGGCGGACGUUGAGGCCAGGGCCUACGCGGCCUGGGUGGCCGCCCGGAAGGAUGGGGAUUGGGAGGCGUUCGCGCCCUCCAUGGAGGAGAAUGGACCUGAUAUUUUGCCACGUUUUUCGGUUGCUCAUCUCCCUAUUCUCACUCUCGUUCCGCGUGCAUUUUUUGCGGCCUGUUCUUCUCUCCGAAAAAAUAACAACACAAAAACAACUACGGGCAAAAACGCGAAACUUGGGAAGAUGGUGAGCGUGAAGCGGGACGUGGCGGAGGCGACGAGGUCGGAGCUCGGCGGGGCCUACGAGGGCUGCCUGGACCAGUUCGAGAGAGGAAUGUCCACGGAGAGGCUGCGGGAGGUGUUUGGCGAGCUCAAGGCCGGCCUGGUUCCCCUGCUCAGAGCCAUCCAAGAAAAGGUAGCAAAAGAGGACAAGUCGGGAGCCGCCGCGGAGAGACACCCCACUCCUCUGCACUCGGGAGAGCAAUGGGGCAAGGACGAGCAGGCCGCUCUCUGCCGUGACAUGGCCGAGAAGUUGGGUUUCGACAUGAGCAAAGGCCGCUUGGACGUAUCGGUGCACCCCUUCACCGGGGGACCGGGCCCUUCCGACGUGAGGAUAACCACCAGGUACAGCAACAACUGGAUGGAGGGCGUGGCCGGAACCGUCCACGAGGUGGGACACGCGCUCUACGAGCAGGGGAGGCCUGGGGGGGACAUGGAAGACCUGCCGGUGUCGAGGGCCCUCAGCAUGGGAGUCCACGAGAGCCAGUCUCUGCUGUGGGAGAGGAUGGUCUUCCAGUCCCGCCCUUUCUGGAAGUUCGCUGCACCCCUGGUUCGUGCCCGCUUCCCUCACACGAAGGGGGUCAGCGACGAGGCGUUCUACCGUGGGCUAAACCGCGUCGCCCCUUCGCUCAUCCGGGUCGAUGCCGACGAGGUCACCUACCCGUUGCACAUUAUCCUCAGGUUCGAGAUUGAGCAGGGCCUGAUGGACGGGAGCAUCGCCGUGAAAGACGUGCCUUCGGUGUGGGUCUCGAAGAUGAAGGAACUGCUCGGGGUGGACGUGCCCGGGGAUGCGGAAGGCUGCUUGCAAGACAUCCACUGGUCCGUCGGAGCGUUCGGGUACUUCCCGAGCUAUACCCUGGGUGCGGUGAUGGCUUGCCAGUUCUUGGAGGCCGCGAAGUUGGCGCUCCCUGACCUAGACAGCAGCCUUGAGGACGGGAACUUCGAGCCGCUCAAAACCUGGCUCAACCGAGAGGUGCACGCAAGAGGGUCCCUGUUUGCUAGCCCGGACGAGCUAUUGACCGAGGUCACCGGGGAUAUCAUGCGGCCCUCGGCGCUCGUGGAGCACUUGAAGUCGAAGUACACCGAGAUUUACGACCUGUAG